UCCUCACCGUGGUCCGCUUCUUUUCCGGAUGUCUCAGAGCCGAAAACACAAGACCCCACAGCGGACUCCCGUGCCUCAGAGUUUAGAUGUGAGCAGCAGCCUGCAUUAAGGUGCUUCAUUCCUGCACGACCAACAGAGAUGAGUAACGGCCUGCAGGAACCACACUGUUAUCAUGGAACAGCUGUAAGCAGGAGGACUGAGGAACUGCUGAGACAGAGCCGGGACAGCAGAGUAAGAAAGGAUGUCUCACUGAAAAUGAAUCAAGACCUGACUGACACGUGACUGUGAGAGGACAGACGCAAUGGGGAUCUCCACCCUCCUGUUGGCCAGUGUGGUGUCCAGUCUGGGCGGCUUGGUCUUUGGUUAUGAGUUGGGCAUCAUCUCUGGGGCUUUGCUGCAGCUCAAGGCAGAGUUCAGGCUGUCGUGUGUCCAGCAGGAGGCCGUGGUCAGCUCCUUGUUGGUAGGAGCUCUGCUGGCCUCCAUCGUGGGCGGAAGGCUGAUUGACCACCGGGGCCGCAGGAACUCCAUCCUUCUCAGCAACGUGUUGAUCCUGGCCGGCAGCCUGGUGCUGCUCAUCGGCUCAUUCUUGGCCCUGCUGGUGGGCCGGGUGACCGUGGGCUUCGCCAUGUGCAUAUCCUCCAUGUCCUGCUGCAUCUUCGUGUCUGAGCUGGUCACCCCGGAGCGCAGGGGCUUCAUGGUGACCCUGUAUGAAGCUGGGAUCACUGUGGGCAUCCUAGCAGCAUACGCCAUGAACUACAUCCUAUCUGACUCCAACAGAGGGUGGAAGUGGAUGUUUGGAUUUGCCGUAGUACCGACUGUGAUUCAGCUCGUCUCUAUCUGCUUCCUUCCAUCCAGCACUCAGGAGUCUUUAAGCCAAAUCUCUCAAAGUGAAACAGACCUGAUGAGUACUGAUGGCAUGGAAAACAAGAAGGUUCAGUACAGCAGCAUGUACCUGUUCCAGCGUAAAGACAACAUGAGGACUCGGACCGUACUCGGCCUCGGGCUGGUGCUCUUUCAGCAGUUCACAGGCCAGCCCAACGUUCUCUUCUACGCCUCCACCAUCUUCCACUCAGUGGGCUUUCAGAGCAACGCCUCGGCAGUGCUGGCAUCUGUGGGCCUGGGGUUAGUCAAGGUGAUCGUCACUCUGACCUCCAUGCUGUUCUCAGACAGGGUGGGCAGGAGGCCUCUGCUCAUCAGUGGAUGCUCCGUGAUGGCUCUGGGUCUGAUCACCAUUGGACUCCUCAGUGGAUAUUCAGUGAUGAAUGCUGAGAGGCCUUGUAACUCUGACAGCUUCAAUAUUAACAAAACCCAUCUACCUCAUUUAGCUGUUGAUAAUCAGACAUUUUUGGACAGGCCUUUAGAGGAGAGCCAAAGACUCUUUAAUAACCACACACAAAAUGGAGAUGAGGUUCUUGACACUCUGGCAUCUUCUCCUGGUGUCCAUGGCAACGCUGUGAACUGGAUCAUCCUCGUGUGCAUGAUGGCUGUCGUCAGUGCUUACUCCGUUGGAUUUGGACCAAUGACCUGGCUGCUCCUGAGUGAAAUAUUUCCAGCUGCUAUCAGAGGAAGAGCCUUCGCUUUCAUCAACUGCUUCAACUGGGCUGCCAACCUGUUGGUCACCUUCACUUUCCUAAAUUUUAUCGAUAUGGUUGGUCUCUCCGGGAUGUUCCUCCUGUACGGGGUGACAGCUGUGGCUGCUGCAGUGUUCUUUUACUUCAUGCUACCAGAGACCAAAGGGAAGACUCUAGAGGAGAUCGACAAGGAGCUGCGUUUGAACAAGUUUUACCACAGCGAGGAUUGCUGUAGCAUCAUCAGCCGGAGAAGCAUUUCCCGACAGUACCAGAGCGUGCACUGCCAGGUCAUCACCUCAGGGUGACUCACUGUAUGACAUAAAGACCGACAGUUAUAGACUGGUGCUAGUCUUCCCUCUGCUGCACUACAUAGCAUCUGUGUUGUAUCUUUGUCAAACAUGCUAACAGUAUGUUUUUUGUGUUAUUUUUCUUGAACUACGUCACUGUUGCAACUUCACCAGCUGCUUUAGUUUCACAGAGCACAAAGCUUUUGCUUAAAAAUAAUUCAGUUUUAACAAUAAUCUGCAUAUGUGUUAACUGGCUGUCUGAUCAUUCAACCCCUCCACCUUGUGUUCCCUUUGGAAAAAGAAUUGUAACAUAUUGUUGAU